AUGAAGGUCCUCAUCACCGGCGCGGCCGGUUUCAUCGGCCAGCUUUUGGCAGAGGUCCUUCUGAACGAGGAGAGCUAUACAGUCGUGCUCAGCGACAUCAUCCUUCCGCCCAUUCCAAGGGGUGUAAAAUAUUCUCAGAAUGCUAAGGCCGUCAAGACUGAUCUGUCUGAGGACGCCAGCACAGUGGUCGACGCAUCGCUAGACGCAGCGUUUGUUUUCCACGGCAUCAUGUCCUCGGGUGCAGAGGAGAAAUUUGACUUCGGAAUGAAGGUCAAUCUCGACGCGACACGCAGACUCCUGGAGGCUUGUCGAGCCGUCCGCCCUGGCAUCCGGGUGAUCUACGCCUCGAGCCAGGCCGUCUACGGACGACCAUUCCCUGCGGUGGUGGAUGAGGAUGUGCGACCUACGCCUGAAUCCUCUUACGGCGCGGCCAAAUUGAUGUGCGAGACGCUGGUCAAUGACUACACGCGACGGAAAUUCAUCGACGGCAUCGUACUGCGCUUUCCCACCAUCUCCGUUCGUCCCGGAAAGCCAACUGCUGCGGCAAGCAGUUUUCUGAGUGGCAUGAUCAGGGAGCCAAUCAACGGGCUGGAAUCGAUCAUCCCGCUGAAGGAUCGCUCGUUCGGAUCAUGGGUGUGCUCGCCGCGGACGCUUGUCCAUAAUCUGAUGCACGCCUUGACGCUGGACACGACGUUGAUGCCUCCGCAUGUACGCGAGGUCAACCUCCCGGGUAUACACGUGACUAUCCAGGACAUGAUGGAUGCGCUGGAGAAGGUCGCUGGGAAGGACAAGUUGCAGUACCUCACGCAAGAGGAUGACCCGGCCACGGAGGCGAUCUUGAGGAGUUGGGCAGACAGGUUUGACAACAAGUACGCGUACAGCCUGGGCUUCAAGCCGGAUGGCUCGUUUGAAGAAGCGGUGGAGGAUUACUGGAAGAGUGUGGUGUAG